CGUUACCGGUGUGACAAAAGUAUCUUUUGAGCAAAGCUAACAAACGCUCCUGGAAGGAAAAGGAAGGACUCUUCGUCAAGAAGGUGAAAGCCAGGAUUCACACUGUAAGAGGAGGACUACCAAAAACCAAACCUGGGGAGCCGCUGGAGACCCGGGGUGCUGGAAUGGAGCAACUCAUAGAGUCACUGGAGAGGAAGCUGCAGAGACCCAUACUGGCGAAGUCCCGCACUCUCCCCAGCAUCCCCCAGUCUCCUACCGUCUCCAGGGUCCAUCACUCUCAUCUGAUUGGUGGGAGUCCUCCUCGUAGGAAGAACCCGCCCGCUGCCGCCAGCCACCCAAAGGCCUGCACUCUGCCACCUGCAGGCGAGCUGUGGCGUUUGGAGGAUGACAUGGAGGGCGGAGAUGGGCCCGAGCACGGCGGCUGCCCCGAGGCCCGUCCUCGCUCUCAGUCUCCCUUUUCCCACUUCCGGGCGCGAGCCGCCUACCUCCGCAAGAGCGUCUCGGCGGACGACCACCUGGACAUGGGCUCGGACUACAGCCCGGCGGCCGUCGUCGAGAGCAAGCCGACCCGUAGCGGCAAGGGCAAGCUGAAGAGGAAGUUUAGUCUGGGCUCCGCUGACCGAAAGGAGAAUCAGCGCAAAAAGUCAGAGUCGGGGAUCUCCAAAUUUACCCAUCGUCUGUCCCUCAAAGAGCGUGUGGCCAAAGGAGAGAAGACUUCCACGGACAGACCUUCAUCCUACAGGAGACGAUCUCUAAGUGUGGACUGGGCUGACUCUGCCAAGAUGACGCAGCCCAUGAGGGCCGAGCAGGCCCACCAGCCGGCCCCAACCCGCAAGUCGGCCAGCCUGUCCUCGCCAAGCGCGGCUCGCCGCCUAUACCGCAACUUGUCUGGAAAGUUCCGUGUGGGCACCAACCCCCCUGCCCUGGAGGACAGUGUGGUGUCAGGACGGGGAGGAGACAAGGAGAGGCUGCGCAAAACCACCAUAUUCCAGAGUAACGAAGCGUUGUUUGAGGCAGUGGAGCACCAGGAGUUGGACCUGGUGCAGCUGCUUCUGUCCCAGUACAGUCUGGAAGAGCUGGACCACAACACCCCAAACAGUGAGGGCCUCCUGCCGCUCGAUAUCGCUAUCAUGACCAACAACGUGCCCAUGGCCAAUCUGCUACUGCGAGCUGGUGCGAAGGAGAGCCCCCACUUCGUGAGUCUGGAGGGCCGAGCAGUGCAUUUGGCCACCUUGGUGCAGGAGGCUGAGCAGCGGGUUUCGGAGCUUCAGGCCCAGGUUCGGAGCGAGGGUCCUGGUGAGCGGGAGGGCUCUGACCGGGAGAGGCAGCUAAAGGCUUGGGAGUGGAGGCACCGGCUCUUCCGACGCAUGCAGACAGGCUUCGAGCAUGCUAACCCUCCAGACGCACCCAGUGCCGUUCGCCUGUCUGUCAGCAGCAGCACCAGUCUGAGGCUGGACUUCCAGGAACCUGUCUGUGUCAACUCUGCUGUGGUCACCAAGUACAAAGUGAGCUGGAGCAGUGCUCCUUUAUUAAAUCCUUUGCUAGGUGAGAUGGUGGUGGAGGACACCGCUCUGCUACAGUGCAACAUCACUGGACUCACUUCUGGGACCUAUUACUAUGUCCAGGUGUCGGCCUACAACAUGAAGGGCUGGGGGCCUCCUCUAGUUUCCAUCCCUGCCUGCGCCGCACCUUCCAGUUGGAGGGAUAUCGAUGGCCGCGCUCCACGUCAGAGAGGCCAGAAGGAGGCACUAGACCAGCUACUCGGGCAAAUAAAAGAAGCUCACCGCCACUGUGUCUGCCAUGAACAGUGUAAAGCUCCACCGCAAGGGAGGAAGCACUCGGUAUCCAAAAGCCUGCGCCACCUCUUCCAACCCACCAGCAAAUUUGUUAAAAGCUUGAAAAGAGGUCUCUAUCUGACAUCCAUACUCUACAGAGAUGACAAUGUGUUGGUGACUCCAGAGGACCAGAUUCCUAUCGUAGAGGUUGAAGAUUCCUACUCCAGCUCCCUUAUGCAGGACUUCCUCUGGUUUACCAAGGUAUCCUAUCUAUGGGAGGAGAUUCCCUGGCUGCAGCAGUGUCUUAGUCCUUCCCAGUCAUCCUGUUCCUGCACUCUGCAGACACGACUCAAGAUGCUGCAGGCUGUCUCCCAACUACAGGGAAUGCUGGGAACCCAGGACCUUGGUCAGGUGUAUUUUGAGCCAAUCAAAGACAAGCAUGGUAACGCCCUGCUGGUGCUCCUCAAGGACAUGAAUGCCUGUCCAAACCUGGAUGGGGUUCGCUGGACGCAGCUUUGCAAACUGCAGCUCCAACGCAAGUCCAUCUCGUCCCCUGAAGAGCCAACCGCCUUGGACAUGCUGCUCAUCACACUCCACGAGAAGCUGGCGUAUCACAGGCGGAGCAGGAAGAUAUUGUCUCCAGGCUUAUACCUGGGCUACCUGAAGCUGUGUACGUCGGUGGAGCAGAUCAGAGCGCUGGUGCCCCAGAAACUCCCCAACGUCCUCUGUCACACCAAAAUUCGGGACAACGGCAACGUGUCCAGAGAGGAGUGGCAGUGGCUGCAGGCUCUCACCUCUCUGGAUGAGGCAUUGGAAAUGGACAUGGACGAGCAGAGUGCUCCACAUCGCCUCCUACAGGACCUGCGCAGCGCCAUCAUAGACCUGAUGGCUCACAUCAAUGUCCUCGGCAAUCAGAUGCAGGACUUCCGUAUCUAUAGCCAGGAAGUGGUGGAGUUUGGGGAGAAAGUGUCCUUCCUGCUUCUCCUCCCACCUUCAGAUGAAGUGUGCACAGCUCCUGGCCAGAACAACCCCUACUCCCCCCGUUCUGGCUUCCUCACCCUGCCCCUGCAGGUCUUUGAACUGGUCCACUUUAAUGCCUAUUGCCCCAGUUUCAUUGGCCAGUACUGCAGAGUAUCGGCUUUGCUGGAACUGGAGUCCCUCAUGUCCCAGCAGGCCCUAAGGGAGGCCUUUUCUGAGACUGAGCUCCUGGCUGCUAAGAAGAAACACCAGCAGGUCCAGGACCACAUACAGCAAAUGGAGGAGGUGUGGCGUGACGCGAGGUGGAUCAUGGACGCCCUGCAGUAUGCCCGCUACAAGCAGCCAUCAGGAGGCAUCUCCAUAAGCUGGAUAAUUGACUUCUCCAAGGAAGUGUUGCCCGACAAGCCUCCAUCCACCUCCUCUCAGCCAGACUUCAUGCCCUCGCCCAUGCCUUCACCCGAACCCUGCCGCAAGCACUCAGAUUUUGCCGGACUGUCAGACGAAGAGGGCUCCUCUGAAGUCUUCCUCACCACCGACAGUGACUACGACUCCAGCCGAGCCCAGAGUCCCCGCGAGCUGGACCUGUUGCCCCCCUCACCCCUCUCAUCUUCUGCGCCUCUGGAGACCCGCGGCUUCCUGCGUAGUGACGGGAGCAGCUCUGAAAGAGGGAUGUGUCUCGGCGGGGGUGGACGCGUAACGGGGUCGCUGAGGGACUCCACGCCAGAUGUCCUCCAGGCCUCGGAGCCACAGCACGGGAGGGAAGGUGAGCGGUGUGGCGGAGGGGUUCGGUGUGGCGUGGAAAGGCGGAGGGGGGGCCCGGAGCUUUUUGACAGUGACUUCAUCCUGCCCAGCAGGCAGAUCGAGCUGCUGCACAUCACAGAGAAGAGACAGGCCUUCUGUGUGAGAACCAGCAGCCUGGAGUUCCCUUCCACCACCUCAGCCCACCAGCCUUACUCCUACCACACUACCUGCCCCUCGCCGUCCACCUCGCCACAGCGGAGAUGCCACAGGCCCUCGUCAGUGGACCGCUGUUGCUCGGCUGAGCGCUGCCUGCCGCAACUUCCGCCGGCGCGUACUUUGUCAGAGGACAGCGGCACACAGAAACUCUCCUCGCAAUCACCCGCCGCCCUCAGGAAAGGCUGUCAUGGCACACUCAGAGUGUACCCACAGUAUCGCACAGGCCUGCCUAAGGAGACCAGUGUUAAGCUUUGUGUAACUCCAGGAACAUCAGCGCGGGAGAUGAUCCAGCUGGUGGUGCAGGAGAUGAACGUCGUGUCACGGCGGAUGCUCGGCAGCAGCGGAGGCGGUGGUGAGCAGGAGCAGUGUGUGUACUACGGUUCUGAACAGUUGAAGCACUUUGGCCUCGUGCUAGUUGUGGACAACAGAGAAAAGUGGCUUCAGGAUGAUUUCUGUCCGCUGGAGCUCCAGAACCCCUGGCUCAGGGGCAAACUGUGCGUUCGCAUUAAGGAGUAUUCACCACUAGCGCUCAAACACAGCCGGGCCACCACAGUGUGACACGUCCACAAGAGAAAAGAGUUCAUGCCAGAUUCUUUUUGGAUAAAUGUGUAUGGAACUGUUACAUUUGUAAAAACAGGCUCCUAAACUCUAUUUUCUCUCCAACUGUGGUGUUACCCUCAACUAAUGCAGCUCUAACAUGUCUAUUUCCUGCUGUGCUCUGUUUCCAUGAAAUGUGUUCCCCCGGUUCGUUGGACCUUUUUUUUUUUUUUUCUAUCAACAUCAGAGACCCCCAUACGGACACCAAAAUGAACAAAGUGGAACAAUGAGGAAAAUAAGUUUUUGUUGCUGUCAGAAAUCACUUGUGGAAUCGUGAUGCUGAGCGAGAUUAAUGGAGCGUCACUUUGACUUCUGGCACGGUUGACGGCACCUUGGGCCGUGCUCGUUGCCAAAACGACAUGGGCAGCUUCAUCCUAACCAGCCACACGCGGGCACGGCUUUUGCUAUGAACUCUCUCAUUGUGCCGUUCCCAAAGAGCUGUCGGCUGCAGCCGCCCGGCCCCCAUGUUCUCCAGGAUGUGGGCUCUGGACCUGACCCAGAGGCCAGGAAGGAAGGGAGAAGUACAGAGGGGGGGGCGCUUGAGGAUGCAAUCGGCCUGACGAUUUGGCCCGUCAGCUUGCCACUCAACUGCUCUUGGCCACUGUACUCGCUGGUAGCGAAGCAGCCAAGUAAGGGAGAGAGAGCUUGAUAGACCAUGAGAGCGAGAGAGGAGGUGGAGGAAGACGAAGGUUUCAUCUUUCAGAACCUGGCACUGGUUCUCAGGUGCUCUUUUUUUCUCCCUGGCACAGCAGUAAAAUCUCUGUAUAGUAGACUCAGUCGUAGUGUAGCGAACAAAUACUCAUGUUGUGAAGUAACACAAAAUAAAACCAGCUAAUUUGGGAUUUUCACAACAGAGGAAACACAAGCAAUACUUGAGUUUUGUUUUUCUAAUAGAUGGGGAAAAAAAGCAUGUUAACCUUCCAGAAUUGUGCUGAGUUCCUCUUAAGUACUGUAGUCCAUGCUGUGCUAAAAGUUAACCAGUUCAGUGUUUUGUUGUGUUUGGUUCAGUGGUAUUCCCAGAUGCAUCAGAGAAAUGGUGCCCACCAGUCUAGAGCAGGGUCUCCCAGAGGGACUCUACUGUGAAAGGGAUGACUCGAGUUGUUAAGAGGCUGGUGCUUGUUAGCAGAGUAACAUAUCGUACAUUCCAGACUUCAAAUUAAGUUAUAUAUAUGCAAGGAAAAUACAUUUCAACCCAUGAACAAGCCGCUACGCCCUGCAGUGCGUGUGACCAACGGAGAAUAUAACGGCAAAAUGUCAGAUGUAAAAACAAUGAUCAUGAGAGAAACUUCAGACGCACACACAGCCGGGUGUUUUAAUUGUGAUGGGAUUCUAUCUAUCAUGAACAUUCAUUCAUACAGAAUUUGUAGUUAAUCAGAUUUAAUCUAAGGAGCCCGUCAAUCAACAAAACAUCAAUAAACAUUUGUUUUUAUUAUUUUAGAAUGUAAUCUUAUCCAACAACAUUGUCAAACCCAGUCAGUGUGGCCUAUUAGAAAGCAUUGCAAUAGCUCACACUGCCAAAAGCAGUGCUAGCUUCUCUACCCUGAUGGUAGCCUUGCAAGGCUCAGCGCUGAGUCAACAGCCUCUAGUAUGUGGAUUACGUCCAUUACCAGAACACUGAUGCACGUAUUGUAUGUUUUGGAAUGAAUAGCAUUGAUUCUAACCACACAAUAAAUAAGGCCUCUUAACAGUCUAAACCAUCCUUUUUUGCUACUGUUUGGAAACCAGGUUUUGAUUUCUCUGUUCACACUAUACAGUCUGUGAAACCUCACAACUUUACUUUGGAAACAGAACAGUCUGCAUUUUUUUGACAUCACUCUCCACAUCUCAAACUGCAGGCUGUUUUGUUGUGUCUUUGUUUUUGCUCCCAACUAUCUUUCAGCAUACGAUUAACAUUUCUUUUUUUUUUUUUUAACCACUAUAAAACGUCAACACAGGCUCAGCAACAUCAUGCCGUUAUAAUAACCUGCAGCAUUUCCAAAUGUAGCACCAGAAAGGUCCAAAAGAGGAGAGAUUGACGGGUGAAGUCCGUGGACCUGGCCUCAGUUAUUGUAGCGUUUCAGGUUCCCAGCAUGUUGUCGAACCUGUCGCAGCCAGAGUUAACAGAGUUUAAUUUCCUUCCACUUUCAAAGAUGUGUUUACGUGCAACUACUGUAUAAAGAUGUCUUAAGACAAGCUGAUGUUAUAAGUUGUAAAUGGUUUUACUAAUGGCUCGAACUGUUGUGUUAGCGCUUAGAUGUCUUCUUUAUUCGCAUUGUUAAAAGCAGUUUUUACGAGGGCCAUCUGCAAAAACAAAUCACACAACCAGAAACUGAACCGUGUACAUAGACGACCAAGACCAGGGGAUGAAUGUACUGUAUCUGCCCUAAAUGUGAAAGUAAGUGAAUGUGGGACUGUCAUCACUGCUGAGGUCAAAGGUCAGUGAAGUUAUAGGCAGGAGUCUGUCUUUAGAUUAAGCUAAAGGGGAAGAGGGGGGGGGGGUUAUAUUCCCUUUCCACUUGAAGAAUAAAGUAAAGCCCCGUGUUUACAAGGAGCUGUUGGCAGAGCCAUCGGGCGAAGUCAUGAAGGAGACAUCACGUCACUUUUUUUAAAUCUAUUUUUAUUGAACAAUAAAUGAAUAUUACAAAAUAAAA